AUGCCUGAUGCCGCUCCAAUCCACGUCUCGGACGAAACUCUCAGCACCACAGCCGACGCCGACGACGCAAGUCAGCCUCAACAAGAUGACAGCGUGACGGCUGACGCCCUCGAGGCUCCACCCGUGGAAGCCACAGAAACGAACAGCGUGUCCGCAGAGACGCCCAGUGAAUCCCCCGCAGUCGCGACGGCCACAGAGCUCACGAAUGAGGAUGCGGCGCCACUCGAAAUUGACGUCGGAUUCUCUCCGCGCGUCGUCGCCAACGCCUCGAUGCAUAAGACCAAGGACUCCUUCGCCCGCACCGUCUCGCAGGGCAUCAACUGGGACGCCGAGGGCGACGAUACGGAGUGGAAUCUGCCCCGAACCGAACCCGACCCAUUUGUCAAAUUCAUGGCGCCUUCCGAGCGAACGAAUUCGUUUCCCGUCGUGCCGCCGAUGUCACAUCCGUCACAACAAAGCCUUGGGCGCCAUCUAGCCAUCACGCAAACCGAGGAGCUCAUGGCCGAAGUAGACCGCGAGGUCUCUCCCGUGCGCUCCGCAGCGCCAUAUGCGACGGAUUUGGCAAAAGAGGCGGAUAAUAUAGGGGAGUAUAAAAUAGCCGGCACGGCGAGCACACAGCAGUACGUGGGAGGGGAAAUUGCGGCUGCAGAGGUUGAAGCGUCGGACGAGCGCUAUGAGGAGGGCGUGCCUCUUAUUUCCCACCAGGAGGAGCCACAGUCAGCUCGUAGCGAGCAAGCAUCGGGCCCGGGCUUCGGGAGCCCCUUUGCUGAUGCCGGAGCUGGCGAGGAUGACUUCUUUUCCCGUCUUGGCGGGUUCGAGGGCGCCAAACCCGAUGACUCUUUUACAACCCCGGGCCUUGAGCGCAAGUCGACCACGCAGGUAAUGGACUCUCUUAGCGCUACCACUCCGACUCGCUCGGACACGGGUCUGGAGGACAUGCUUGAAACUGCAGAGGAGGACGAUUUCUGGAGCAAACCAGCCGAAACCAGCGAGGUUCCUGCAGGGCCGGCGGCCCAAGAAUCGGCAGCCACAGAAAAUGCGACCGCCAGUCAAGUGGCCACAAAAUCUACGGAACCGGAGCAAAAAGACGAGCCUGCUAAUGGCGAUCUCGCCGACAAAUGGGCCGCGGCUUUUGGAGAUGAGGAUGACGGCGACUUUCUUCUCGAUGACAGCACAUUGCCUACAGAGGAGGUGGACCCGACUGCUUUCCUUGGCGACGAUGACGACGGCUUGCUGGAGGAUACUGAGGAUAUGCAGCAACACAGUACUGCUGUCCCUUCGGCUGCAACACCAACGGCUACAGCUCCGGCCCCAACGGUAAACGGAAGGUAUACGCCUGCAAACAUAACCCCUGCUGGCUCGCAACAGCCUUCGGGUUCUAGUCAGUAUGUUCCAGCCGUUGCCCCAUUUUUGGCACAGUCGACAACCGCACCCCCGGCCGCAGCAGCCUCUUUCGCGCCCCCAGUGCCAACGCCGAUGGGCUAUGGCGCUCCGCCCCCACGCCCAGAUGCCAGCAAGGCCGCCAGUUUUGUGAACCAGUCCAAGGGCGGCUAUACGUCACCCUACGAUCUUCCUAUGGACUUCAAGCCUCCCAAGAAGAGGGCAAGCGCCCAGCUAAUGCCCAGGGCUGCGUCCCAGCCCCCGCCGAUGGCUGGACCACCUCAACCACUGAGGUCCGAUAACAUGCCACCACCUCCUGUGCCUGGUGCCCCAGGACAGCAUGCUCCUCCCCCGCCCAAACAGGUAUCUCAGCGGGCUGGGUCGAACGAGGGUUUCUUUGCCGAUCUGCCUGUGUCAUCGCGCGCAAGGCCGGCAUCUCGAUCAAGCCCAAAGAGCGCGUCGUCGCCUCAGUUUGGCAACACUGGUGCCCCUCCUGCUGGACACCCCCCUGGAUAUGGCCCGACACCUACUCAGGGACCCCCAGCUCCUGGUCCUCAGGCAAAUGGCCAUCCCCCCGCGACAUCUGCGCCGCCAGGAAGCGGCCUGAUCGCACCUGAGCGUGUCAACCCGUAUGCCGCGCUCCAGUCCGACCCGGGACAUCUGCCUGCGCCCCAUGUUCCCUCGGCACCCACCAGCAGAUACUCGCCCGCUCCAGGCGCUUCUGCCUCGGCCCCCAUGCCGGCUUCAAACAGGUACUCACCAGCCCCUGCUGGAAGUCGGGCCCCAAGCUCUGCGUAUGCCCCUGCACAGGUGGUAGUUGCGCCGCCGGUUCUCCCCCACCAGCCUCGGACAUCCAGUCCACUGGCCCACUUCGAGAUCUCCUCCGACAGAGGGAGGUCUGCGAACCACGAUACAGCUCAUCCACCCAGACGUAGCACGUCUAGCAUAUAUGAGCCGCAGCUGAACCGUGUCCCGUCCCUGCCUUCGACGCGCGAGAUCGAUGAGACCGCACCACAUAGUGCCAUGCAUUCCACCAGCCGUCCAUCCUCCCAAGGUACCACAGGACUCCCAGGGCAGGGCCCGCCGCAGGCCUCACAAACUCGCGGGCGCACACCCCCGCCACUCACCAUGUCACACCAACAAGCUACACUAUCGCCACCUAAAAGGACUCCAAGCUACGUUCCCCAUGCGGCGCAUCAGACUCUUUCCCCACAUGGCCCGGACUUUGUCCCUCCUCCUCGCUCGCAUACCCAGUCUCCUGGCGCGCUGUACGGAAAGAACGGCAUCACGCCCUCCGACCCGAUUCCUCGCCCUUCUUCGGUUCACGAUCUUAUGUCACCCAGAUCGACCACUUCUGGACAUCCCUCGCUCCCAGGCACGUCUCAUGCCACUGCCAUCGCCCCGGCUGCGAGGCCCAGGGGAUUCUCGCAGAGCUUGAAUCUUGUCCCGCCCACGGACGGACGCGAGCACGAUCCACUCCAACGCUGGAAGGGUGCUCCUCUGAUAUGCUGGGGCGUCGGCGGCACCAUCGUCACAUCCUUCCCGAAAGAUGUUCCCAGAUACGGUAUUAACCAGGCCCUACCAACCAUCCUGCGCAGCCCUGGUGAGGUCAAAAUCAGAAACGUCAAAGAGAUUUAUCCACUCGAGGAGCAGUUAGCCAAGUUUCCAGGUCCCCUCAAGGGCAAGUCUAAGAAGAAGGAAACUAUCUCUUGGCUCAGCGCGGGUAUUGAGGCCCUGGAGGCUCGGCUGCCGCAAGUCUCAUUCCAACCACAAGUCUCUCUCGAUGACAAGCGCACCGAGGAAAGGAUUCUUCUCUGGAAGAUUCUUCGUGUGUUCAUCGAGCACGAUGGAACACUCGAGGGGGCUGUGGCUGUCGAGAGCGCCGUUCGAGACGUCCUUUCCCCAGGACUUGAUCCUCUGUCAACGCAACCGGCAACAUACGGCCUCGACCAGGGUGCGAUUGGCUUCCAAGGUGCAUCCACAACCCAGAUGACGUCAGACAGCGUGGACUCUGGUGUCGUCGAGCAGAUCCGGUGCAGCCUUAUGGUUGGCGAUCGCGAGAAGGCUGUCUGGGACGCGGCCGACAAACGACUUUGGGGACACGCGCUCCUCAUCGCAAACACGGUCUCCACAGACCUGUACAAGAAGGUCUCGCAGGAAUUCGUGCGUAAGGAGGUCAACUACCCCGGGCACAACAACGAAUCCUUGGCUGUGCUGUACGAGGUCCUCUCUGGAAACCACGAGGAAUGUGUCGAUGAGCUGGUGCCCGUUCACGCACGGGCUGGUCUCCAGCUGAUGGGUACGGGCUCUGGUCAUGGCCAGUCAACGGAUGCGCUGGCCGGCCUCGACAAGUGGCGCGAGACCCUGGGUCUCGUUCUCAGUAACAGGAGCACUAACGACGUGCAGGCGCUCACCUCGCUCGGAAAUCUCCUCGCUGGUUACGGCAGGGCCGAGGCCGCACAUAUCUGCUACAUCUUCGCUCGCGCCGCGAGCGUUUUCGGUGGUAUCGAUGACCCGAAGUCCCACUUUGUUCUCGUUGGCGCCGACCACAAGCGGCAGACGGACCACUUCGCCAAAGAGACCGAGGCGCUGCUUCUCAGCGAAGUGUACGAGUACGGGCUGGCACUUGCAGGCGGCCCCAAGGACGUCAAUUGUCCCCACCUUUCCAUGUACAAGCUGCAGCACGCCAUGAUCUUGGCAGAGAGCGGACAUGGCGACAAGGCUCUUCAGUACUGCGAGACCCUGGCACAUGCCAUUACAUCGCAGACCAGGAGAUCGCCGUACCACCACGCCGGUCUUGAGGCCUCUGUGGAGAACCUCGCUCAGCGCCUCAAGCAAGCUCCAAAGGAGCAGUCCGGCUCGUGGAUCUCUAAACCGACUGUGGGCAAGGUUUCCGACUCCGUCUGGAACCGUUUUAACAAGUUCGUUGCUGGUGAUGAAGGAGAAGGCAGCGAAAACGGCUCAGCCGCUGGUGGGGGGAUCUUUGCCGGCGUGUCCGGCGGAGGUCCGACCAUCAGCCGUCCUCCGUCACCGCCGGGUGCCACGGGCAUGGAGAUGUUUGGUGGCGCAACUCAGGGUGGUCCCAUGGCCUAUCCGCCCCUCGGCGCCGCGGCUCUAAUGUCCCCUCCUGCCACCAAGGCCGCGUCCCGCUACGCUCCUGGAGCUGCCCUGGCGCCCGUAGCCACAAACCCGUACGAGCCUCAGCAGGGAUACCCGGCAAGAGGGCCGCCAUCCGCCAGCCGGUCGUCUGGAGAGUACAGCCGCGGGUCGCCCGAGAUGCCCAGACAAUCGUCCGAGCUCCAGCGUCCUUCGUACAAUCCAGCCUAUCAGCCGAACUCGGCGUCAUCGCCGUCCAUGGGUUACACAGACCCGGGUGUUGGGUUAUCCAGUGAGGCUCCGUCUGCCGGAGCCUCGUCCGUUGGCCCCCAGUAUGGCGGCUACCAACCGUACAUGCCUGAUUACUCCUCGAACGGAUCACCUUACGGCGCCGGGCACGACAAUCAUGUGGAGAAACCCGCGAGCGCUGGGGCAGAGCCCGAUGCUUACCAGGGAUAUCAGCCACCCUCGUAUGGCUACGAGCCCCCGUCUAUGGGCUCGGCGGAACCCAUCUCCGCUAGUGACAAGCCCGAAUCCGAGGCCCCCACCCCCAACGGAGGUUAUGAGCCACCUACAUUCCAGCCCUACAGCUACGAGCCACCGACAUUUGAGCCAGGGCCGGAGGCGCCCCAGGACGAUGACAAGACGCCUCAGUCCAGGGACGAGUCCGGACAAAGUCCUGCGGACAGCGUCGCCCCUCCAGUGUCUACAAGUAGGGCUGGCGGAAAGACAAAGGAGGAGAUCGACAGAGAAAACGCCGAGAUGUUCCGCAAGGCAGCCGAGGAGGAUGCAAAACGUGCCGAGGAAGAGAAGGCCAAGAAGAAGUCGGGAGGUUGGUUCUCGGGCGGUUGGUUUGGCGGUGGCAAGAAGGAGACGCUAGCAGACCAGCCCAAGGCCAUCCGCGCCAAGCUAGGCGAGCAGAACAGCUUCUAUUUCGACCCGGAACUCAAGCGCUGGGUCAACAAGGCCGCAGGAGCCGACGCUGCCGCCACGCCAGCGGCCACGCCGCCGCCACCGCGCUCAGGCAGCCCUGCUGUUGCGCCACCGGGCAGGGCGAGCGCGCCGCCGCCGCCGCGUGGGUCCCUCACAGCGUCAGCAUCCAUCCCGAACCUGGCCGCGGCGUCGCAGUCGCACUCUUCCCUCAUGCCCGGGGCGCCCCCAAUGACACGAUCUGUGUCCAAUAACAGCGAGCCGCCAUUCGGCCCGCCACGCCCGCUGAGCAGCAUGAGCAACGCCAGCAGCAUAGACGACCUCCUCAGCGCAGCGGGCCCGAGGAAACCAGGGGCCAAGAAGCCACGCAAGAGCGGACGCUACGUCGAUGUGAUGGCCAAAUAA